AGAAUGGCUUCCAUUUUACCUGCUUCUAAUAGACGCAUGAGACCAGACAAGAAUACAUAUGAGGGAAAAAGGUCUGUAUAUGUUAAGAAUCCUUACCUGGAUGCUAUGGAUGAAGAUAUUCUCUACCACUUGGAUUUAGGAACCAAAACACACAACCUUCCAGCAAUGUUUGGGGAUGUAAAGUUCGUCUGCGUUGGUGGGAGUCCCAACAGAAUGAAAGCAUUUGCACAGUUUAUGCACAAGGAACUCCAGUUGGAGGGAGAUGGGGAAGGCAUUGAAGACAUCUGUGCGGGGACAGACAGAUAUUGCAUGUUCAAAACAGGCCCUGUGCUCUCCAUCAGUCAUGGGAUGGGCAUCCCUUCCAUUUCUAUUAUGCUCCAUGAACUCAUCAAAUUACUCCACCAUGCACGCUGCUGUGACGUUACCAUCAUCAGAAUCGGAACGUCAGGGGGAAUUGGAAUUGCCCCAGGGUCUGUCGUAAUAACAGAUAUAGCUGUAGACUCCUUCUUCAAGCCUCGGUUUGAGCAGGUCAUCUUGGACAACGUGGUCACCCGAAGCACUGAACUUGACAAGGAACUGGCUACGGAUUUGCUCAACUGUAGCAGAGAGAUCCCCAACUUCCCAACCCUCAUUGGACACACGAUGUGUACCUAUGAUUUUUAUGAAGGCCAGGGCCACCUCGAUGGAGCAUUAUGUUCCUUUUCAAGAGAAAAAAAGCUAGACUACUUGAAGAGAGCAUACAAAGCUGGAGUCAGGAACAUCGAGAUGGAGUCGACGGUGUUCGCUGCCAUGUGUGGACUGUGUGGUCUGAGAGCUGCCGUGGUCUGUGUGACACUACUUGACAGACUUGAGAGUGACCAAAUCAAUUUGUCGCAUGAUGUCCUGGUGGAGUACCAGCAACGGCCACAGCUACUAAUCUCCAAUUUCAUCAAAAAACAGCUUGGACUUUGCGGCCAGAUGUCAUAA